CGGGCCGUUUUCCGGGGAGGAGGUCCCCGUCGCAGGCUACGCACGAGCGCGGACAACGUGGCCCGAGGCACCGUCUCCUGAGUUGAGGGCCUGGUGACAACCUCGUGCCAUGGGUAUUGUUGCCAGGAGAACAGGAGAUGUGCAGGAGCUCGCCGGCCCCGAGACGGACGCCCCAGGGCGCAUGCGCCCCGUUCGCCAAUCAGCGCCGGAGCCGGGCAAGCCGCGCGCCGGCCUGCCAGGCGCGGACCUGAACAUCCGCUGCACGAGCGCCGGCUGCGCCUGCACCAGCUUCACACCCGGCGAGGGCAGCAUGAGGAUGUGCCAGGAUUGCAAUCACGGCUGGAUCCAGCACGCGCUGGACAAGCUGGGCCGCCAGCCGGCCUUCCCGGCGCUGCAGACGGAGCCGGUGACGCCGGCGGCCAUCUUCGACAUCGCCGCGCUCAUCCUGUUCGGCUGCCAGGCGGUGCCCAUCCGGCUCAAGAUCCUGCUCGACCGGCUCUUCGCCAAGCUGGCCGACGACGACGUGGCGCAGAUCCUGCGCGCGUUCGGCUGGAGCCGCGAGGAGUACGUCCAGGGCUACAUCAAGGAUGGUGUCUGGACUAAGUGUAGUCCCGAAGAGGAGCCCCUCAUACUGCAGCAGUUCAUGCGCUUCGAAGAGACGCGCCCGAUCGCGUUCGAGUUCCUGCAAAAAGACGAAAAGGAUGGUAAGAAGCCGCCGCUCGAGCCGGAUAUGAAGAAGCUGGUGGAGCGUGUUCAGCCGUUCCUGCGGCCGGAGCUGCUGCAGCGGCCGGGCCUGUGUCUGCCGGGCCUGCGGCUACCCGCUCCCUUCCCUGUCUCCAGCGCCAGCAACGGCGCGUUCGGUCCGCCGCCGCUACCGCCGCCGCCGCCGCCGGUGGCUCCCCCCGCCAGCGCCACGGGCUCGCUCUCGCCGCUCAACAAGCUGCAGAGCAUGCAGCCGUUCGAGCGGCGCAGCCCCGACGGCUCGCUCGACCUGUCGCGGCCGGCGCCGCAACAGCCGCAGCUCUCCGCCGCCGGCCCGCCCGCCUCCAGCGCCGUCAACCUGACGACGAGCGGCGCCGGCCGGCCGGCCGUCGACCCGCAGGCAGCGCUGAACCUCUCGGCCAGCGCCAUGGAGCUGGAGAAGCGGGCACGCAAGGCCAUGACGCCCAUCAAGCGGCGCGGCCAGUGGGACCCGAUCGGCCCCAACCCGACGGCGCUCGUCAACCCGGUGACGGGCAAGAAGCGGGUCCAGUGUCACGCCUGCCUCAAAACCUUCUGCGACAAGGGCGCACUCAAGAUCCACUUCUCAGCCGUGCACCUGAAGGAGAUGCACAAGUGCUCGGUGGACGGCUGCACCAUGAUGUUCAGCUCGCGGCGCAGCCGCAACCGGCACAGCGCCAACCCCAAUCCGAAGCUGCACACGCCUCACAUGCGGCGCAAGAUCUCGCCGCACGACGGCCGCAUGUCGCAGUCGCACGGCCCGAUCAACCUGCCGCCGACGCUGACGCCCAACUUCCCGCACCCGGGGCUGCUGGGCGGCUUCAACCCGCUGACGGGACUGCCGCUGCUGCCCAGCCCCGAGCUGCAGAAGCAGGCGCUCGAGUCGCUGCACAGCUCGCUCAACACGCUGGACCUGGCGUACCCGCGCUCGCCGGCCGGCUUCAUGCUGCCGGGCGGCGUGCCCGACAGCCUGAACGCCACCAUGAGCCGCCGGCUGGAGCAGUACCAGGAGGAGAUGCGCCGGCGGGGCCUGCUCGACGCGCAGCGCGACGACGAGCCGGGCAAGCGGUACCGCUCCGACUCCAACGACGAGCGCAGCACGGUGGCCGACGACGACGGCAGCGUCGAGAAUCAGAGCGUCAACGGCGAGCCGCGUACCAACGGCAGCGACGGGCCGCAGAGCAAGCGCAAGCGCAAGAGCCAGAACCCGCUCAAGUUCUCGGUGCGCAUCGACGAGGACGACAUCCACAUGUCGUCGGACGACUCGUCGCUCGACGACCUGCCCGACGACGACGACGACAAGGACGACGAGGAGGACGACGAGGAGCUCAAGCACCUCAAGUCGGACGACGACAGCGGUGACGAGGAGAAGGAGGCGGAGGCGGAGGCGCGCGACGUCAAGCCCAGCUUCCCGUCGCUGGCGCCACAAGAGCCGGAGCCGGAGCCGGGGCCAAAAAACGAGCCGGGCCCCGGGUCGGUCCCCAGUGAGCGGCCCGACUCGGCGCCGGCCGAGGAGCGGGAGGACGGCGAGGAGGAGGAGGCCAGCUGGGCGCGGCAGGCCCGCCAGCAGCAGAGCUUCGACGCGCUCAAGCGGUUAGAGAGCUUGUCCAAGGGCAACUUCGAUGAUUUUUUAGCCAAGGGCCCCAUGGGCCAGCAGGGUUUUCCGCCAGCUAGCCUGCCCAUGGGGCUGAAUCCUCUGAGCAUGAUGCAGCCGGACGUUGGCGGUCAGGAGAACGCCGACAGCACACGCGACGAGGACGAGCUGUCCAACGGCGACUCGUCCUUUUCAGUCAGCCCGUCGUCCAGUCCCAGUCACCUGGAGGACGGCUACAUCAGCAACGCCGAGGUGCCCAUCGACAAGGACAACCCGCGGCGGUGCGUCGUCUGCGGUAAGAUGUUCCAGAACCACUUCGGCGUUAAGACGCACUACCAGAACGUGCACCUCAAGGUGAUGCACAAGUGCACCAUCGAGGGCUGCAAGGCCAAGUUCCCGUCGAAGCGCAGCCGCGACCGGCACAGUUCCAACUACAACCUGCACCGCAAGCUGCUGUCGACGUCGUCGGAGCAGGCGGCCGGUCGGCCGGAGGCGGCGUUCGCCGGCUUUCCGUCCGCCUGGGGCAGCGAGUACCUGGCGCGGCUGUGCGCCGAGCCAGGCCUCUUCCCGCUGAGUCUGCCGGACGGCGCGCCGCUGCGGCCGCACCCCAUGUUCCUGCAGUCGCUGAUGCACCCGGCGCUGGCGGCCGGCUACCAGGCGUCGCUGGCGCGCGGCGCCGAGCGCGGCCGCUCGCGCUCGCCCUCGCCCUCGCCCGGCUCGCCGCCCGCCAUCAAGGAGAACAACAACGAGACGCUGGCCAAGGUGUCCUGAUGGGCCGGCGCCGGCGCCGGCGCCGCUCCGUGUGCCAAGGUGUGCUCCCCGAGGGUUGCGCUCCGCUGAGGUGAUCUCUGUACAGCCGGGCCGACCGCACCAGGUCGAAGAGCCAAUAUCAAAUCACAUGGUUGUUAUCAUCAUCGUUAGCGGAUAGGUUCAAUGUGGCUUGGAGGCGAGUUUGUAAUUACUACAAUAAUCUAUGUGCGCGGCGCGCGGCCGCCGCCGGCGCUGGUGCGACCCUUCUCCGUGGCAUUGCGUGCAGGACGUGGAGCUGUUUAUAAACGCGUGUGAGAUACGUACAAAGCCAUAACGAAGUGCUAAUCAGCCCGCUUCUCAAAGCGCUCGGUAACACUGAGCCACGUGUAUGCAUGGAGCGACGACGACAGAGAAAUCAAAGCUGCUUGUCGCGGAGUGCAGUCCUGUGUAGCUAUGUAAAAUAAUACCGGACUGGAGGCGUUAGGAUCUCCGCCUGUGAAGCUUUACUCCGCGCAGCUACUUGGUAUAUGUGAGCCCCAUUGUAGGUCGCCCGGUGUAGUCCUUAAUGUUGAUAUAUAUUGAGAUACGUAACAGGCCUUCCAUACGAUUAAGUUUGAUCUGCUGUGAUGAAUUGAUUGAACUGUCUUCUUGGUGAGUUUAUUUUGUUGACGGUUAUUUAUUCUUUCCUCUCUCUCUCUCUCUCUCUCUCUCUUUCUCUCCUCGGCUCAGCGGAGCGAAUCUGAAGUGAUUUUGAUUAGGUUGGAGGCAUCUAGAAGUGCGAGGUGGCCAUCUAGAGGUGCGAGGUGGUCAGGCGGUUUAACGGACGGUGGUGUCAUGUCUCGCAUUGUUAUGAUAUAAAUAAAUUGUACG